UUUCAUAAUGGCGGCCGAAUUAAUUGCGGAAGAAAGUUAUGGCGAGGAGUCACUUAGAUCUCAUUAUUUGCUUUGUUUAGAAACACAACAGGUGAAGAAGGAGCCUUUGUACAAAAGCACAGGUCUCGCAUCAAUUAAUAAGUUUAUAAAGGAUGCAUUUUUGCCCCAAGGGUACCCACACAGUGUCAGCAGAGACUAUCUGGAAUAUCAAAUGUGGGACACAUGUCAGGCAUUCUGCUCUUCGAUAGUGUCUGCUCUUGCAGCUCAAGCCAUGUUAAAAGCAUACGGUGUUGGUGACGAGAAAGCAUCAAUCCUUGCUGCAACCUUUACUUGGCUUUUAAAAGAUGGAGCUGGAAUGGUUGGAAGAAUAAUUUUCACAUGGCUCAAAGGGACUGAACUUGACUGUCAUGCAAAGAAAUGGAGAUUAGCAGCUGAUGUUAUCAAUGAUCUAACAUAUUGUAUUGAGCUCUUGGCUCCAAGAUUUCGAGAAUAUUUCCUCAUCUUUGCAUGUCUAUCAAGUCUAUGCAGGUCAUUGGUUGGUGUGUGUGGUGGAGCAACCAGAGCAGCAUUGACACAGCAUCAGGCCAGAAGAGACAACAUGGCUGAUGUAUCAGCUAAGGAUGGGAGUCAGGAGACAAUGGUCAAUUUACUUGCAUUUCUGGUUAACCUUGUUCUUGUUCCAUUAGUCACAGGCCGCGACCAGAUAAUAUGGUUGCUGUUUGCGGUCUUCACAUCACUACAUUUAUACUGCAAUUUUCGAGCAGUUUCAGCUGUUAUCAUGGAAACAAUUAAUUCAACUCGUUUGCACCUGUUGGUUGAGAACUUCAUCACUCAUGGUCACAUACUUAGUCCACAAGAGAUAUCAGAAAUAGAACCUAUAUUGACAAAAUGUCAAAACUGUUUAGAUGUUAACUUAGGAUGUCCUUUUAGCGAUGUCAUCUCAAGUGGGAGGGAUUUUUAUGCAGCUUUUCCAAACUCAAAGGAAACCCAAUACAUUAUGAAAUUAUAUAUCUCAAAUAAUUUUAAAUCAGGUCAUCUGAAUGUUGCUCUUCAUAGAGAUAUUACUUCAGAGAACUUACUACAAUGCUAUUUUCAAAUUGCAAUCAUGGAUCUUGUUAUCAGAAGCCCAGUGCUUAUGACGAAGAUUGCUACUCAUGAUGAAAUGAGUGCAAUAGCACUUAAUAAUUUGUGUAACUUAUGGCAACAAAUUUAUUCUAUUAGAGAGAUGGCAACAACUGCGUCAUGGGAUGUUGUGGCCUAUGCGCAUAACUUCACACUUAAAAUCUUUCCAACAUUCUUGAACAGUUUAAAGCUGCAUGGUUGGGUAACGUCAAGAACUCACUUAGGGCCAGAUGAGUGGAGAGUUGACUGGAAUGUAUCUGGUUCAAGCGUAGGUGUCAGCACUGCUAAACAACUGUAGAUAACUCUAAAUAUAUUAGAUAUAAAGUUUGAAAUAUAUUAUGUUAUUCAUCCAG